AUGAAGCUUCUGAAGGAUCAAGGUCUUUUGAGUGAAGAAAUCUUGGUGAAGCCUCGAGAGGCUACAAAGACUGACUUGUUACUGGUGCACAAGCAGCGAUAUCUCACUAGUCUUGAGUGGAGUGUCAAUGUGGCAAAGAUUACUGAAGUUGCAGGGACGGCCUUGCUGCCUAACUGUGUACUGCAGAGAAAACUUCUGAAGCCUUUCCGAUACCAGACUGGAGGGAGUGUUGUAGCAGGACGGUGUGCUGUUGAGAGAGGCUGGAGCAUCAAUGUUGGAGGUGGCUUCCACCAUUGUUCUGCUGGCAGAGGAGGAGGCUUUUGUGCCUAUGCUGAUAUCACUCUUCUAGUUCAUGUGGUUUUAGAACAGUAUGAGCACAUCAACAACAUUCUAAUUGUAGACCUGGAUGCUCAUCAGGGCAAUGGUCACGAACGGGACUUCAUGGGCCGGAAGGACGUCUUCAUCAUGGACGUGUACAACAGACUUGUUUAUCCUCGAGAUGAGCAGGCCAAGAAAGCCAUCAGCAAGCGCAUCGAGUUGAGCCCUUUUACCGAAGAUCCUCGAUAUCUGCAAGCCGUAGAAGAAGGCUUGGAACAAAGCUUGGAGGAGUUCCCCGCGGAUCUGGUCAUCUAUAACGCCGGCACCGACAUCCUCGAGGGCGACCCGUUGGGCCUGCUCAGCGUCACCAGGAAGGGCGUGAUCCUACGAGACGAGAUUGUGUGGCAGAUGGUGAGGCAGCAGCGCGCUCUGCCGCUCGUCAUGCUCACCAGCGGCGGGUACCAGCGCAGCACCGCCGCCGUCAUCGCCGAGUCCAUCACCAACCUCCAGCAGCUUGGUCUUGUAGAUCUCAACUGCGGCACAACCACCAAACCUCAGCACUAUGAUGCCAGCAACAUUGAUUCCUCUAUGUUGCCUCCCUUGAAGUACUCGUCUCUCUUGACGCGAUGUACAGGCAAGAAAAAGUCGUCCGUAGUUAGCGCUUCAGAAUCCUCUACUCCUCAGUCUGGUCGACACAGCGCCACUGAUUCAACCACUUCAUCACCUCCUCCUCACGGGCGAAUGAAUCAGGCCGUGGAUAAAAUAGUUGAUGAUAAAGUCACCGUAGCUCCAGGAAAAAUUACGUCCACGCCAUCACAGGACAACGGUAACAGUGCAGCCGCUGGUCUGCCUCAUCCCCCGUCAUUCAUCGACAUCAAAGCAGAGGUGCGCAACAGCCUCGUGUCUGCGUGCAGUAGUGCUGAUUACUCGACCCCUCAUUUCACGGUCCCUCCUUCGUUCCUCGCAUCACCGUCAUCUCCACCUGACAACCUCAGGCGAGACAUGACCCAACAAAUGAGCAUCAGCGACUCGACGACCCCUCCGUCCCCCGUGUACCGCAGUGUCACGGGCUCCUGGCUCACCGUGAACAACACGGGUAGUCCGAAGGCAGACUCAACUCCUCCCCUGCAUCGCCAUGACCGCGUGGCGUCGACGCCGUCGCUCGCACAGCAGAGCUGCGUCGCCAGCCUCCAGUCGCCCUACCAGUCUGCUCAUUCAAUCACCAGCUCACUAGCCAAAAAUUGUGACUUCAUGCCACCUUAGCAAAUCAUUUGCUUUGCUCUUUCUCCUAUUUGUUGCAUCUGGAGGCAUCUGGUACUAUCACCUGGACUUCGAAAUCCGUUACUAAAAAAUUUUGUCACUCUGUGAAUCCAAGCUGUUAAAUGGAUAUUCGUGUCUCUCUGAACAUUUUUACUGACAAAAGUUGUGCAAGUAGAGGAAUGGAAAGUUAAAGGUAAUCCUGAAAUUUGCUUUGGUUUAUAUGAAGUGCUCGGGGUACCCACUCAUGUGCAGAGUUCAGCUGCUCACUCCUUACGCAGAAUUUUAUAUUCUUAGGAUAGGAAAUCAGGGAAAUAGGAAAAGAUCUGCCACUGGUCAGGGCUGAUUUUGAUCUGAAGACCCUUGGACAAAUCCACCAAUCGAAUAAGCUCGACGACAGAAGUUUCAGGACCUACCGUUACACAAGGAUUUGGGUCGACGGUCAAUCACAUGGUUUCCGAGGUCAAUGUUUGCAGAGAUGUGUGUGCAAUAUUUUGCUAGCUCCAAAAUAAAAAGGCGAUAUCGCAGUCAUCGAGUAUUUAAUACGGAUCUUGUCGUCAUUGAUGCUGUGGUGUUCACAGUGCGUACGUUGCCAUUUCUGACCUGCAGAAGGCUUGGGCUAUAGUCGUUGAACAAAAUCGUCCAUAACGUCCUCCUCUGCUGGUGCAGAAGCUUCUGAAGCAUUUCUUCUGAUUCUUACGAGCCCCAUUCACGAAACCUAUGCAAUACAUUCUAUUAAUGUGCCUUUCAGUCAAGUUUAGAUUCUUGGAGUUUCGUUCUAGUUUUUUUUAAAUAAUGUAAAGUUUCGAAAUUUUUUUGCCAUUUAGAAAAUAUGUUAAAUCUAAGUAACAGUAUUUGUCUGUAUAUGGUCCCACCUAACUAUUCUAAUCUGCCCUCGUUUUUAUCUCUCAAUUGUUUAUUUGUACAUUGACACCUUGAUUCAAAUUCAUCUAUGUUACUGAUUUUAUAAAAAAUUAUAUUAUAAAAAACAUGUUUCUUGUUUAUUCUGCGUGCGCGUUUUUGGAUGCGUGAAGUAAAAUUUUCAUGAAAUCUAGUCAUAAUCUUAAUGGUAGCGAUAGUUCUAACUAUGAAAUUGAUCAAUUGCAAGAUGACGCUCGGAGCUCUGCAGCGCCAACCUCAUCAUGUUGCUCUCGCUCUGUAAACCUUGUUUGCUUCAUUAUAGGAAGUUGAUAGUCGGUAUUUCAAUUAUUGAGACGCUUAUUUAUGAAUCUCUUUUUUUUUCAAAUAACAUCAUUACAUUUUCAUGACAUUUUCUAGUCAUAUACGAGAGUCUAGGCUUAGAAAUUACAUAGAAAUACCACUGAGUUUUCUCGAAUAGUGCGUUAGACUAUAAAUUUUAACUUCAGGACUUCUUGUCGUUCGUCAAUAGUUGUCGUAUAGAGAUUCUUGUUGUUAGUGUUUGGGGUUCAUUGCCUUAGUGAUCGUGUUGAAGAUAUACUAUAUAAGUAAUUAAGACAUUAUACUGCUCGUAUAUGAGAACAUUUUUUAUGUGUGUUUCUAUGAAUUUAUAGACCGGGAUUUUGAUAUUUGGGCAGUUUUCGACAGUUUGUUGCUCAUGACGGCACAUUCUAAUUUUACAGACCUUGUUGGCCGUUCCUUUACUCUUUUUGUGUUAUUUACCGCAAUUUGAGGCUUACGGUAUUAUUCCUGCAACAUACAAGACUCGUUCCUUCGAUCGUCGCCGCGGCAAUUGCACGAGUUUUGCAGAGAUUGUGUUAACAGCUUUAGUCCGAAUUUAAGCUCAGUUAUAUUUAGAGUCUCUGGUUGUUAUGUUAUGUGUAGAUACAAUCCAGCCUUCUGCAUUUAACCUUUGGCGUUGAACUUUUCUUGUUCUCCUCAGAAACUUUUAGCAAUACGCAAAUUUUUUGCAGCUUAAUUUAGGUGACCCGCUUUGCUAGUUCGUCUGAUGAGACGUAGCGUUCAUGCCUUCCCUAAUAUCUUAGUGCUUGGUCUGGCUAAAGAUAAUCGCAGUGUUUAGUAUUGUCUCCGUCUGUAGUCUGGCCUAAUUUAGAUUACGGACAGAUCUGUUGACUCCAGUGCCAGCUGGUCACAGCUUCUAAAUUUUUCAUCUGACCGCUAUUGAUAUUAUCGCUGUAUUUCUAACAACAAAAAUAGAAAAUUCUUAUUUUUUUUGCAUGUAUGAUAAAAUUUACCAACUGUCUAGGUUCUAACGAGCAGUUAAUGACUGAGCUUAAACGGGACUGUCGAGUCCAUCAGAUAGUUGUGGACAAUUUACCACAGUUACCGAGGGAAGUCACAACGCUUAUAUCUUAAAAAAAACACAAAAUUUCGUCAGAUGAAAUGGAAUUGUUUCGAGGGAAAAUAUUUGUCAUCAAAUUAUUUUUAUAUAAUUAACACGACUAAACUCGACACCAUUCUCAAGCUUGCUAUCACCAUGUUUAUCACUUUACUCAACCGGUCUCGUAAUAAACUUGAAGCAACUCUCGCUCUGCCAGCAUCUUCGAGAAGUUCCCACUACGUUCACGAUCUAAGAUGAUAAAUGUAACACCUUUCAGUUCAGUACGAAACUUACCUCACUCGUGUCCUUGAAUCCACGAUACUUUAUUUGAUUAUUACCAUUGUAAUUGAUUUUUCUUUAUGCAUGGGGAAAAACCCGAUUGGAUCGAGGGCAUUAAGGUGUAGCUUAAUCCAAAGUCGGAUUGCGGGAGUAACGGCUUAAAGUUUCUUGUUGUUGUAGGUUGAGGUUAAUGGUUCUUGAUAGUCUUUUCAAUUGUGUUAUCAAAGUGAGAGCUGUUGAAUAUGGUUUUGUAUUUUGACAACUUCUGAAGAUACUUUGCCGAUUUUAUACUGAAUUAGCAUUGUUUUUUCGUGCCGUGCAGGAGUGAAGUGGUCAGUGGUGCAAUUUUCUUGUGUGGGUGCGCUGUCGUAUUUUUAUGGUGCCUUAGCACUUUGGCUCAUACUUUACAUAUUCAAAUGUGUAUUAUUGCUUUCGUUUGCCUUAUACGGACGUCUAUGCUCAAUGAACCUUAAUUUUAGGUUCGAGUGCUACUCCUGAAAAUCUUUAGGAAACUUCCUGAAGCAUUUCAGGAUCGAGCUGCUGUUCAGAUUUCCAUACGUUCUGUAUUUCUUAGUUUGUCGCUGCUGUUUGCUUUAAUUAAGUUCAAUUCCUGUGAUUAUUAUACGUUCCUAAGAUUAUUCCGUGUUCCUGGGAUUAUUGACCGUUUGUAAAAUUAUUGCACAUUCCUAAUAUUAUAACGCUAACUCCUCCCUAUUGCUAGCAGCCAAAGAUUCAGCACUAAACCCCAUCAUCCCACAGGUCGAGUAUCACGUCGCAGUCGUCGCGUUAUCUCACUCCAGGCUCUGCUGCGCCGUCUCCUUGCCGGUGACAGCUAAUGUAUCACAGCAUGUUUACCCCUGAAUAAUUCUGGCUUCUUUUGGAGUCGUUGUUUUUUGGUUCUUCAUCUUAUGUUUUUUGUAUCUUAGGACCCUCAACCAAGUUAUUAAUGACAGGCUUACUAAUGGUAAUAAGUAGUGGACAUUCUCACUCCUUCCCUAAUCACCUUCAUUCUCACUAAUUCCAUAAUCACCUUCAUUCUCACUAAUUCCAUAAUCACCUUCAUUCUCACUAAUUCCAUAAUCACCUUCAUUCUCACUAAUUCCAUUAUCACCUUCAUUCACACUAAUUCCAUUAUCACCUUCAUUCACACUAAUUUCCAAAUCACCUUAAUUCUCAAUCCAUCCCUUAUCACCUUCAUACUCACUCCCCUAACGCUGCAUGCCCGCCCACCUGUCGCUACUCUCAGUUCUCGUCUUAUGGCCUGCAGACCUGACAGGAGUUCUCCAUCGCUGCGGCAUUUUUGAACCUUUACUUCGCUAUUAUCAGAAUUCAGCUUUGUAACUACUCUAUUGAAUUAAAAAUCUCUUAUUUCUUUAAUAUCGAUUCUAAUGCACUGUUAGUAUUUGUACCCGUCUUGUUCAGACGUCAUCUAUUUCUUGGUAGAAAAUUUUUUCGAGUCAAAAGAAGAAGUUGCUGGGACGGUAGUUUUUAGAUUGUGCUUCAUUUAAUUUAUUUAUCAGCUUAAUUUAUGCUACACUAAUAACCGUUCAGUUUAAACCUGUUUGUUUUUUUAUCGCAAUAGUGGAAAUAUUUAUUAUGUAACCUUGUUGAGUGCCAAGUCAAUAGCCUAGCUAUAGCAGUUCUAUCUCAACUUCUAUUCCAAGAUACGUGUACUUUUUUACCUCUCCAAAAUAUUGUGUGUUCGAACGCGUGAUAUUCCAAUAAUUACAUGCUACUGAAA